UCUUUUUAUUUCAAUAACUAUAUUUAUUAUGAUCGAUAUUUUAAUUAUACAUCUAAAUUGAAAUGCCGGAUCAUAAUGCGCCCUUUUGGUCAAUAUAGUAAGUUGAAGUAGUCAACUGGGAAAUAAAUCAUUUAUUUUAACAAACAGAGCAACUUCAUUCGAUGUUCACCAUAUCACCACAUAAAUGACCCAGAAAAUAUUGUAUGGGGCAAUCUACACACAUUGUAUUUUUAAUCAGAUCAGUCAAGAUUGAAAAAUCAAUAAAGAGAGCAGUUGGCACUCUUCAAAGAUUAAAAAAGCAAACAUCACUAAGGAUUCGUCUAGAUAAACUGAAGACAGUACCUCCUCCAAAGCAGCAAGGCAGGUGUAAGAGGAUUUCUCUAUCAUUGCAUCAGAUCUUCUAGUAUGAUUAGUUGGAAACUGAUUUUUUUUUUAUUCUUUUUCCACCGUCUAAAUGGAAAAUACCGAGUGGUAAUUUAUUCUGGCAUUUAUAUUAUAGUACUACUUGGGUUAGCCAGUAAAAUUUAUAUAAGAAGUGAUAAGUUUUUUGUGCGGGGUAUGUACAUGUUAAAACUUGCAUUUAUUACACAUACAUUUGCCAGACAUCUACUCACUUAUUAUAGACAAUAGAACAAACACAUUUUUUUUUCAGCAUCACAUAAAUAUAGCAUCUAUAAUUAGGAGAAAACGGGAGGAUUUUUUUUUGUGUAGCAACGAAGGGCAGAUUGGACCUGAGUCACAAUCCGUUGAAAUCCAAAUCCCUCUGUUUCAACGUUAUUUGUGAUCAGAUGGGCCUUUGAUCAAAGAGGUUUCUUUCAUGUAUUGAAUUGCAUAAUCAAAAUAAAAG